AUGACGUUGCUGUUAUUCGUGUCCGCUCCUUGCCUCGGCCCUACACUCCAAUCUAGACUGUUUUUGGCCUCCGGCUCCGAGCAUCGUUCUCCAAUCCUAGCGUGCCGUGCCUGCAGGUCCGGCUCGCAGCUGCAGGCACGCUGGCUCACCAACAAAACCUUCAACGAUGCUGCUCUCAUGCCCAUCGCCUCGUGCCCCCAACUCGCGUCGGCACAAUGUGUUGGCAUGGCGGGUGGCAUGAUGGCAUGGUGUGCGGGGUGGGCAGCGGGGUGCAAGGCGGUGCAGGAGGUGUCAGUGCGGUGGUGUGUGGGCAUCACGGACCGCGGCUUGGAUGUGCUGCGCCGCUCUCCAACUGCCACGCCAUCCAUCCACUCUACCUCUCUUACACCAAGGGUAGCAGGUGACGGGGGCGGCAAUGAGGGUGGUGCAGUCUCACGCACCCCAGUCUCGCGCAUCUCAACCUCCCCACCUGCCAGUCGCUCAUCAACCCUGCUAUUGCCACACUCCGACACGGAUGCACCCCGCUGCAGAGUUUGGACAUAUCCCCCUCCCCCUCCUUUUCCCCCCAAGCCCCCUCCUCCUUUUCCCCCACAGCCCCCUCCCCCUCCUUUUCCUCCCCAGCCCCCUCCCCCCCCCCCGCCCCCUCCCCCUCCCCCGCCCCUUCCCCCUCCCUCUCCCCCUCCCCCUCCUUCAUCUCCUUUUUCACCUCCACCAGAUCAUCCUCAUCCUCUUUCCACCUCUUCCACCUCCUCCACCUCCUCCACCUCCUCCACCUCCUCCACCUCCUCCACCUCCUCCACCUCCUCCACCUCCUCCACCUCCUCCUCCACCUCCUCCACCUCCUCCACCUCCUCCAUCUCCACCUCCUCCACCUCCACCUCCCUUCUACCUCGGGCUUGGAACUUUCUCACUCUUUUAGCCAUGCUGUUGCGGUCGCUAUAA